AUGUCGAGACCAGAAGAGAUUUCGCCGCCAGAGAUCGUAAGUCUUGACUUCCGGCAGAUUCAUACUCACUUGAAACAGUUCUAUGGUGAUGUUGAAGCGCAAAAGUACACCGCAAACUCUCGGGUCCAAUCUGUCCAAUCGCAGAUGACUCAUCGAGCUUUGGAGCUCUUAGCUUUACCAGAAGAUGAGGCCUCUUUCGUUCUCGAUAUAGGGUGUGGCUCGGGUCUGUCUGGCGAGAUUCUGGAUGAGGAGGGUCACAUUUGGGUCGGUGUGGACAUCGCUCCGAGCAUGUUGGAGGUCGCCCUGGAACGUGAAGUAGAAGGAGACUUGUUUCUACAGGAUAUCGGACAGGGCUUCGGGUUCAGACCAGGUUCAUUCGAUGGUGCCAUCAGCAUAUCUGUCAUACAAUGGCUGCUCAAUGCUGAUUCCUCAAGUCACUUACCACCUCAACGUCUUGCAAAAUUCUUCACUUCACUUCACUCGGCGCUUCGUAAUCCAUCACGAGCCGUCUUCCAAUUCUAUCCAUCUUCAGACGAUCAAGUUCAAAUGAUCACUUCGGCCGCUCAACGAGCUGGUUUUGGAGGCGGUCUGGUCGUUGAUUAUCCAAACUCUAAAAAGGCGAGAAAGAUGUAUCUCUGCUUGAUGGUCGGCCAGCAAGAGGUUCCGAAAGGGAUCGAGGCCGAUGCUGUAGAGGUGGAGCGCAUGAGGGAAGGAGUACGAAAUGAGAAGAGGAGACGGAAAGAGGAUUCGUUAAAGCGAGGGAAGAAGAAGGGCAAGGCGGAAGAUAAUGUCAAAGACUGGGUGCUUAAGAAGAAGGAUCUUUACCGGACAAGAGGCAAAGAAGGGGUCCCCCGAGAUUCAAAGUACACGGCGAGGAAACGGAAGACCUACUUUUGA